AAAAGAGAAUAAAUAGGCAAUGAGGCGAGGAGCGAGAGAGCGGGAAAUGGGGAAUUAAUAUGCACCUACAGUUUUUUGAGCGGUGACUCUGUCUAUAUGCUAACGUACCUCUCGCCUAUCUCCCGUUCGCUGUAUAUACAAAGGAGACUUCAUCUCUAACAAAGCGUCCCUUCCCUUCCUCUUGCCCCGCCCCCUCUCCCGACGCUGGGGCUCCUAACUCCUAUACUAUAUAUCCAAUUUUGGUUUUUGAUUGAUUAGGAAAUUAAACCCACUUUACCAAACAAAAAACGUACUAUAUAUAUAUAUAUAACAGAAUUAAUACUAUGGAUUUCUCCUCUUUCGUUGCAGCCUUACAUUCAUCGGCGACUUCCUCGUCGUCGUCGCUGGAUUUCGACAUGGACCCCUCCGUUUCUCCGCCGCUGCCUCACGAUUUUCCUUGCUCCUUAAGAAACCUAAAUUGUGUUUCUCCGCCUAUCGAUUCCUUGAAUUAUUACUCCCUCAGGAAUCCUCAGCAGCAGCAGCAGCAGCUCAACGCCGAGGCUCCGGCAUUCGUCCCUCGGAGCUCCUCCUCGCCGUCUCUCACUACCUUGCACGCCGCCGCCGUCGCGGCUACGGCGGCGCCCAAGUUGGUGGUGCACAGGCGGACGCCAUCUGCGUCUUCCGCCACGAUCGCCGCGAAAACGGUUAUGCACGUGUAUUCCACCCCUGGUGGGACCACCUACACCCAAAUCACCACCCACGUCCCUAAUGUCCCCACCAAUAAUAAUAAUUAUCCCUGCACGCCCCAGCAACCCCUUCAGAAUCAUCGGACCUUGCUUAGAAGUGUGUCCGGAGGGAUCCUUGAGAAGACGACGGGGCAAAAGGCUGCUGCUGGGAUUGCCAUUGCCGCUGCCGCUGCUCCUCCCCAGCCUCUUUCGGACUCGGAUCAAGGGUGGAAGAAAUUAUCUGACGAAGCAUGUAAUAAGAUUGUUAAUCAGGUGGAGUAUUACUUUAGCGAUUUAAAUGUGGCAACUACUGAUCAUUUAAUUAGAGUUAUGAGCAAGGAUCCUGAAGGAUAUGUACCAAUGUCUGUUGUCGCAUCCUUCAAGAAGAUUAAAGCUCUAGUUAGUAGUCAUGCCCAGCUUGCUAAAAUUCUUCGGAGCUCUACAAAGCUGGUAGUUAGUGAAGAUGGAAAAAAGGUGAAACGUCAGCAUCGUCUAACUGAAACAGACAUGGAAGAUCUGCAAUCCCGUAUAGUCAUUGCUGAAAAUCUGCCCUAUGACCACUGCCACCAGAACCUCAUGAAGAUUUUUUCAUCAGUUGGAAGCGUGAAGAUGCUUCGUACUUGUCAGCCUCAGGCAUCCAGUGGUGGGGCAUCAUCUGGAACUAGAACAGGAAAGUCAGAUAGCACGGUUUUCAGCACCAAGUUGCACGCAUUUGUUGAAUAUGAAACCAUUGAAUUGGCUGAGAAAGCGAUCGCUGAGCUAAAUGAUAGGAAUGAUUGGAGGAAUGGUCUCAAAGUUCGUCCACUGCAUAAACGCACUGCAAAGUCUUCUCAAACACCACGAGCACAGAAAGUUGGUCAUGAAAGUGACGCAACCUUCAAGGAAGAUGAUGUGUUUGCCCAUAAGCAUCAAAUCUCAUCAGAACAUUCUGAAUCUCAAUCCAGUGAGCUUGUGGGAGAGGAAGAAGCUGAAAAGGAGGGAGUGUGGAGAGCACAUAAUAAUCGUGGUCGGGGCAAGGGACAGGCAGUUGGGCGUCCCCAGUUUGUAGUGAAUAACAACCACCGCGGUUCUCAUGGCAACUCAAAUGGCAACCUGGGUCCAAUGUUGUCAGUUAAUCCCCCCGAGCACCUGGUAUCUGCUAGGCAAGCUUCUGUGCCUCGCAUGCCAGAUGGUACAAGGGGAUUCUCAAUGGGUCGAGGAAAGCCGAUAGCUAUUAAAACCGUUUGAUGUGUUGUGUCCGUACGUAAUUUUGCAUCAACUAACUUCUGGUCUGGGUUCAUUUUUUGUGGUGGUGGCUGUGUGUAUAUCCAAAUAUUAUAGCAGUUUUGACGAAAGUUGGUGCGGCUCAAGCUGCCAGUGGGAAUGUGGAAGGAAGAGAUGUGUUUUUGUUUUGUUUGUUUUCCUCUGUUGAGGGUUCUGCCAAUGCAGAAUGGUAACAGAGCUGGGGAUUUAACCUACAGAAAUAUGUAUAGUAUGUAUAUUGUAUCAUUAACAGUAUAUAAUGAGAAAGAAAUGGAUUAAAGAUUUGUUGA